UCCGCCGCGUCGCUCACUCUGCUGCUCUGCUUCUGCUUGCCUGUGCUGUGCUGUGUGUGUGGCCUUCGCUACCAUCCAUGGCGGCGCGAGGUCUCGCUGCUCUCUCCUCCCCGGCGCGCGUCGGCGCGAGCGCUACGCCGUGCUCUGGGAGGCCUGUCCGUGUAUCGGCUACGCCGGCAGCGGGCGGCUGGCGGCGGCGGCGGCGGUCCAUGGUCGUGCGGGCCGGCGGGCCGCCGAGCACGAACGCGCUCAUCCUGGCGUUCGUCCUGCCGCUCUCCCUCUUCGUCGGCACGCUCAUCACCGCCGCCCGCGUCGCCGACGACCUCGACGAGCGCUUCCUACGCGAGAUGGAGUCCAACAAAGCGAUAAUGGAAGAGAAUGAGGACUUCGAGCAAGACGGCGGAGGCGAAGAAGAGGAGGAGGACGCCGAGCAGCCGGCGCCAGUGGAGAAGGAGGGAGUUCUUGUUGCUGCUGCUCCGCGCACUAGAAACAGGCCAAAGAGGGAGGUACAGUAGAGUGGAAGAGCAGAAAAAGCAUCUCGGUUUUUCUUGUUCCUUAUAUGUGAUCAUCGCCUUGCAAAUGCUUCCGUUGGAUUGACAAAUUAUGCAAUGGAUGCAAGAGCCAAUUAAUUUAGUCAAUAGUCAUAGGCCCAAGCAUUCAGAGGUUAGAGAAAUGAUUGGUGUACGUGGCCUGUAGUUUAGAACAUCAGAUGGAGGAAUGUGCAGCCUUAAGACGGCUCAGCUCAGCUGUGCAGGUUACAGCUGGAGAGGAGUCUGCUACUAGAAGAAUCGUCCUGAGUUCAAAUCUGCUUUGUUUCAGAAUCGUAUCAAAUACCGAAAUACUACUUGAAACUUGCUUGUCAGUUGUCAA